CAUCGAAAGGAAAACCUUCGAUGACAUCAGCCGUACAGAGUCGCGAGCGAAAGGAUAUUCUACCACCCCGUAAAGAAAGGACUUUCAGUCAGGAUCGGGAGAGAGAACGAUGAUGUUGUAGUAAUCGCGAGUGCUCGAGUACGUGUGGAGGAUUAUUGCAGUACGGAACUACAUUUUCGAGUGGUGUCGAAGAAAAUUUCCCAAUUUGCCAAUCUGCUGGCACCGUCCGCGACCGUAUCCGGUUGGUGAUGAAAGUUCGAAAGGCGGAGCAGUGUUUGCCGUAUUGCGAUAGCCACGAUCGAAUGGCCCACAGCGCGAAAAACUGCCAGGAUUCGAGAGUUCCCCUGGGCCAGACGAAUUUUGCUCGAUGCUAGUGGAAUAAUUUUUGCAGCAGCAGAAUUCCACACUACCAAGAGAGUGGGAGCGAAAGGAUUCGAACACGGGAAAAAAGCGAGAGCAGUGGGAGAGUUUGAGAGCGAACACACAAAACACGGACGAACGAAAGGAGCAAAACUAGGAAGACCUGGAAGCACUCUGAAUGCAUUCUGAAUAAAUAAUUUGACAGAUUUCCCGAGCUGCGAGCUGAUAGGAUAGUGGAAAACUCCGUAGGAAUAUUUUUUUGGUUCAAGCUUUUCGAUUAUAGUAACCUAGCCGCUAGAUAUAUAGUAAAUAAAAUUCGAGGGUCCAGCCAGUAUGAUCGAUGAAAUCGUGGAUCGGAUCAUACAGUUCUUCUCUACCGGACUGGUGGAGAAAAUCAUCAAAGCUCUUCUGGUCCUAUGUGACCGCUUCGUGAACUUUAUCCUAUCGCUGUGUGAAGGAAACAACUACAAGAAGAAAGACGAAACGGUAGACGUGCUGUACAGCAGCGGGAACUUUCUCGUCAUAAACAAGAAGCACGAUCUGCUGAUCAAUUCGAAUGAUACGAAAAAGAAAACGGUCCAAACCAUCAUGAGGAAACAGUUCCCGGAGUACGUACAGGAUAAUUUGACGCACGACUUCUACUUUGCCCAUCGGUUGGACUUUGCCACCAGUGGGAUACUGUGCAUACCGCUGAACAAGAAUGCAUGCAAGGAGGUCUGUCAGGUGUUUGAGGAGCAACGGGCGCGAAAGUACUAUCUGGCGCUGCUGCGGGGUCACACGGACUUUGACGAGGAAGUGAUCGACAUUGCGAUUGGCGAGGACAUCCGAUUCAAGGACACCAGCAAGAAGAUGUGCACUAUCCUCGAGGAUGAACUGUGCCAAAAUCCGCGCCGCAGCAUCACCAAGGUGCUGGUGCUCGAUCGGGGCUACUACAAUGGGAAACCGGUCACCAAAGUGCUCUUGCGACCAAUAACCGGCCGGCGGCACCAGCUGCGGCUACACUGUUCCCAAAUUGGGCACGUGAUCGUCGGGGACUACACGUACAGUCUCAAGAUCGACACGUCGCCGCCGCGUAUGUUUCUGCAUGCCUUCCGCCUAGUGCUGCCCAAUUCGUUCGAGAACAUCGACAUCCAAACCGACGAUCCGUUCACGGAGAAGGCCCUCAAGUACAAGUGGAAGGUCGUCGAGCAGGUGAACGGCAUUGCGAAUGCGUUCGAUCUGAUAGAUUCUUUUUAACAUUUGUGGGAACCAUGUAGUUACCAACUGCGUAGGACUCGCACGUUUACGUUUCGGCUGGAGCAAUUUCGUCGGCGGUUAAAUGUAAAUAUUCGAUCGAUUUCGCGAAUUUACUCGCUUUAGGUUCUAGCGUCGUCCUCUUCUCGCAGUUAAUUAAAAAAAAAAAAACAUCCGAAAUGGCUACCCGAUGUUUACGUUGGGCAUCGAUAACAAUCCCUGGGGAGAAGCCCCAGGAGGGAGAGGACGGCUCGAUUAGGUUUUUUCUUGAAUCCGCGAAAUUCUACUAACUCCAUUUAGACGUAUUAUGUAAAUGAUGACGAAUGACCUAACAUAUAUGGCAGCGCAUGAUAGACGACGUACCCGGGGGAACUCAACUCAAAUUCAAACUGUAGUCAUUUUUAAGCGACGAUUAAGGUGCCGGGGAAUGGUUCAUUCCCACGUUUUGGCGGGAAGUGUGAGACCGUAGGUGAUAGCAGGUGCAGAAAAGACAUUUCAAGCAGCGAAGAUGUACUUAACCUAAGAUGGACAUGUUCAGCCACAUUCACACUAAUGAGAAUCUAAUAACUAGUUACACAUUUGAUCUUAUUAUUAGUUGAAGUUUAGAAGUAUUUACUUAAAGAAUAACAAAGGUACUUUAGAUUAAAAAAAAAAAGUGCGAAUCCGUAGAUGAUAUCGAUGAUAAGAAAAUGACAGACUUAGAGACGAGUAUAGAUAGUGAUUCAAUUCCCAAUCAAAAACAGAACAGAUGUGCUAGUUUUGGGAUUUGCUUGCCGUUCUUAACUUUCUCUUUAUACGUUCAAAUUAGCGUUGCCAAUUUUCUAUGAUCAACAUUCGAUAGCUGUGUUUUCCGUUCGUUUUUAUGUGAUUGGUUCUACCAGAUUUAAGGGAAGGUUUGCAUUUCUUUCCACCAAUUUUAGUGUAAGAAGGCUUGUUCCCGUACAUUAGUUUCUGUACAGAAAAGUUGUUCUCGUACUUUCUGCGCGUGCCUCCCCUCUGCAGAAAGAGAGGAGCGUUCCUAUAGUUUCGCUUCCUUUCUAAAACUACCCAAUAAAUGGCACUUGUAUAUUGUUAAAGAGGAAAUUUCAUCUUCGAUGCUCAAAUCGCGAACGAAAAGCAUCGAACAGCGUGUUAAAACAGAUCGAUUCCGUUUCCAAGACAUUUGUACGUCUUUUGCAAAGUGCUGAACUACCAAGAAACAAGUGUAACAAAUUUCACUCUAGACUAGAUUACAAAUUGAAAACUAAUCAACGCAAACGGACAAAGUUAUAAAAAAAAUCGCAGAAUAUAUAUCGCCCAGCACUAAUUUUUAUAUGAAAAAUGUCAGAAGAAAAUUGAGGGACGAUGUCUCUGAACCAAAAAAAAAAAAGAAGCGAGGAGAAAUGAACAGAUUCUAGAAAGCUCUCUUCUUUUUCACUUGUAAAACUAUUCGAAAAGCUUAGAAAAAUCGAAGAGCAGGCAAAUUUUGCGUUUACAUUGAAUCGAACUUCUAACUUACUGCGUUAUCGUUUUCGAAUUUUCCGUAGUUGUAUAACACAUAAAUAGAAUGAAUCAGAAGAAAAAAAAAACAAUAGAACAAUUUAGAAAGAGAACAGUAGGUGGUUUGAGCUGAAGCAGUUAUUUCGUUCCUUUGUAUUGUUUCAUUAGAGUUGAGUUAUUGUUAUAGUUGUGAAUCGUUAGGCUGCCGCCCGAAAAUUGCGAUGUCCAAGCACGACGAGGAAGCCGGGUUACGAGAUUAUCCUGUACCGAGUACGUUUAGCCGAAAGCUUUUUGGGUCUUCCUGUCGGGAGGAGAAUCUACAUCUGAAUCGACGGGAGGAUCGGUGUUGAGGAUUUACUACAGAAUCACGUUUUAACCAAUAUGGCUGAUGUAUGAAUUCUUUGCCACACUGCCAUUUUACUCUUCUUUUACGAGUCUCCUUAUACGACGUCAAAGAGAACAAAGCAGCAAAAGGAACAACUCAGGAAGGUUUAGUUAAUUUUCCGGAACGAAGCGGCAGCUUGAAUUGAAAUGUUCAGUUGUGUUUAAUUUCGAAUCUUAUGGAUAAACAGAAGUUAAACGUUUCUCGUUUGAAUUGAAUUUCUCUUAUUGCGCUCUUAACUUACAAAUACGAACUCACACACACACACACACUGUUGUCAGUCAGUCAAAAACAUUACGAAAGCGAAGUGAAUGACUCAUUCAAAGAGUAUUGCUACAAGCUUACAAAGAAAAACACAAACAUACACACGGGUACGAAACCCUUUCAGAAACACAAACAAACAAACACUCCCACACACACACACAUACACAUACAUUUGUUGAAUGGAACCAAUCUCUCAAUCUGCCUGGCAAACAAACAGGAACAAUAGCGAUAGUUUCGUCGGGAGAAACCCAACAGAAAACAAUUGUACGUAAAACCAAAUGUAAAGUACGACACCUCCUUGUUUGAAUAUCAACAACAGAGAAAAGAACAGGAAAUAAAAUAAUGCUUUUUUGAAGUCAUUGAAGAA